CAUAGACAUUCCACGUUAUUUGACUUGUGAAAUAUGUCGUCGAAUGUGUGGAAAAGUCUUUUUUAUUCUUAUCCAUGGAGAAGUCGUUUUUUAUCACCAACCAACAGAAUAUCCAAAAGAUAUCUUUCAGUGGAAGCAAACACUCCGACUCGUUUUUCAGGCAGCAACACCCUUGGAAGAAUAUCUUUGGUCGUUCGAGUACCCAACACUCCUGGCUCACUUACACAACCACUUGCUGUUCUUGGAAAGUACCAAGUUAACUUGAGUAGAAUUGAAUCUCGCCCAACCACAGAAGUGAAACAGCCAGAUGCUUCUUAUGAUAUUUUUGUCAAUAUUUCUGAAGAAACGAGUCCAGUAGUGACAAGUGGCAGUCUUGUGGAUAGAAUAAAGAAAGCUGUGGAAGAAUUGACCAGUCAAGGUAUUAAAGUGACUGUACUUGGUGAGGGAUUUGAAGACAUGACACAAAGUGUUGGAGAGGUGUCCACUUUGAGCGGGAUUCCUUGGUUUCCUAGAAAGAUGAGAGAUUUAGAUGCCUUUUCUUCUCGAACUCUAGAAUUUGGAGCUGAGCUGGAUGCCGACCAUCCUGGGUUUCAUGAUAAAGCAUAUCGAGAGAGGAGACAGUCGAUUACAGAAAAUGCGAAACAGUAUGGCUAUGGACAACCUCUUCCUCAUGUCACUUAUUCAGAAAAGGAGUUGAAGACUUGGAAUACGGUAUAUACGGAACUAACCAAGUUAUAUCCUACGCAUGCUUGUAAACAAUAUCGAUAUAUAUUCCCUUUGUUGGAAAAGAACUGUGGAUAUUCUCCUCAUCAGAUUCCACAGUUGCAAGAUGUUUCUGAGUUUCUUAGGGAAUGCACAGGUUUUCGAUUAAGACCUGUGAUGGGUUUGUUGUCUCCUCGAGAUUUCUUAAAUGGUUUAGCAUUCCGAGUCUUUCAUUCGACACAAUACAUAAGACACCAUUCAAAGCCGUUGUAUACUCCAGAACCGGAUGUAUGUCAUGAGUUAUUGGGCCAUGCUCCUAUGUUGGCUGAUCCAGAUUUUGCAGAAUUCUCUCAUCAGAUAGGUUUGGCAUCACUCGGUGCUUCAGAUGAGGAUAUUGAUCGUUUGGCAAGAUGUUAUUGGUUUUCAGUAGAAUUUGGUUUGUUGAAGGAAGAUGGACAAGUGAAAGCAUACGGAGCUGGUUUGCUGUCAUCAUUUGGUGAGUUACAAUAUGCUCUGGGUAAUGAACCACAGUUAUUGCCUUGGGACCCAUUUGUUGCCUCUCAACAACCUUAUCCUAUUACUCAAUAUCAACCAGUAUACUUUGUGGCAGAUAGCUUUUCUUCAGCAACUGAUAAGUUUCUCAAGUUUGCUGAAACAAUAUCAAGACCAUUUUCAGUUUGGUACAAUCCCUAUUCUCAAACUAUCGAAAUAAUUGACUCGAUUCAAAAAAUUAUGAAAAUAGCAGGUCAAACGAAACAAUCAUGUUCACUCGUUACCGAAGCACUUAGAAGAUUAGAGACAAGAGUUGGUCAUGCUUCAUAAAGUGGUAUUGUUUCUUUCAUUUCACAAAAUGGAAAAAGAUUCAUGAAAGUGUCAUGGUCAACGUGAUUGGUAAACUUAUUUUGUUAUCGUUGUUGAAGAAGGUUUCCAUAUUUGUGGUAGCCAAAACAUAUGGAUUUCCA